AUGUGUCAAUAUCAAAAUCAACGUAUUAGUCUCACGUUACAAUUUCAAGCAUAUUCAGAUUCUCGACGAACUCUAUUUGCUGUUGUUGUCUCACUUAUUGAUGAUAGUGAUGAACGACUCAUUCAUUCACAUCAACAAUUCAGUUAUUUGUACGUACGAGAUUGUAAAGUUAAAUUCAAUAUGUAUUUACUAUACUCAACUCGACCAAAAGAUCAGAAAAAACAUUAUUCAAUACAUAUUGAUAUCUAUGAAAAAGUAUCACUCGCAUAUCGACGAAGUUUUUUCAUAGCACUUCAAUUUCCUUUUCUACCUGUACAUCGUGUCGCUGUACAACUCAAUAUUCCACGCACAACUGAUGAUGUAGAACGUUGCUCAAAUCAACCAUGUGUUCAUGGUCAAUGUAUUAAAUAUUCUGAUAAUCCGAAAGGUAUUACCUUUUGUCAAUGUUAUCAAGGAUGGUCUGGACGAUAUUGUACUAUCCCACAUAACUGCACAUGUUCGUCUGACUCAUUAUGUAUUGGUAUCUUAGCAAACAACCGAUCUUUAUGUGUUUGUCCUAUGAAUAAGUGGGGCUCUCGAUGUUUAUUACGAAGUACAAUAUGUCAUUCUAAUCAAAAUAUCACAUGUUACAAUGGUGGUCAAUGUAUGCCUACAGAUGAGCAUGUAGUAUCGAACAAGAAAUUCAAAUGUAUCUGUCAAAAAGGUUUCACUGGAGACAGAUGUGAAAUAGCUGAUAAUAAAAUUAUUCUAUCAUUUCAUCGAGAUAUCAUUUUAUCAGAUUCAUUUCUUGUUCAUUUCAUUCAAGUAAUUGAUAAUGCUCCAUCUACAAAUGGCAGUACUUUCAAAAUGAUUUCUAUUAAUCAAAAGACAAUGAUCAUUCAUUGGUCAUAUCCAUUUCACAUUGCUUUUAUUCAACUUUUCAAUAAAAAUUACUACUUAAUUACUAUUCAAAAGAAAUAUCAUCAAUCGACAACUCUUGUUCGAGAAAUUCAACCAUCAGAUCGUUGUCCACAUCUAAAUGAAGUAUUGAAUGAAACAAUUGUUAAAUUUCAUCUUCUUCGUCGUAUUAAAUAUUAUCAUUUGCCAUGUCAAGGACAUUCACCACAAUUGUCUUGUUUUUAUGAUGAUAAUCAUUUUUGUUUAUGUAACAAUUAUGGACAACAACGUGUAGCUAACUGUUUUGAAUUUAAUUGUAUAAAAAAAUUCGAUUGUUUUGGUCAAAGUAAUUGUGAAAAUGGAGCACAAUGUUUACAAGAUAGAUCUACAUGUCCACAAACGUCGACAUGUGUUUGUCUGACAUGUUUUUAUGGAAGACGCUGUCAAUUUAGUUCAAAUGGAUUUGGUCUUUCACUUGAUGCAAUUUUAGGUUAUCACAUUCAACCACAUAUUGUCAUUGGAUAUCAAACAUUUGUUGUAAAAUUAAGUCUAGUAUUGACAAUUAUUAUGACUGUAGUAGGAUUGGUUAAUAGUGCUCUACUGAUGAUUACAAUGAAUAAUAAUCAAUCACGUAAAAGUGGUUGUGGUAUUUAUCUAAUAAGUACAUCGAUUACUAGUCUAUUUACAAUGAUUAUGUUUGCAUUGAAAUUUUCAAUACUUAUCAUUGCACAAAUGACAUAUAGUAUUAACCAUUUAUUUUUACAAAUACAAUGUACUUCAAUAGAUUUUUUACUAAGAAUCGGUCUUAAUAUGGAUCAAUGGUUGUCUGCAUGCAUAGCUAUAGAACGAACAGUUAUCGCAAUAAAAGGAAUCAGUUUUGAUAAGAAGAAAAGUAAACAAAUAGCUAAAUAUAUUAUUCUUAUUCUUCUAAUUUUAAAUAUUAGUACGACUAUUCAUGAUCCUAUUCAUCGACAUUUAAUAGAUGAUGAUAAUGAUGAUGAUAAUGAGAAAAGAAUUUGGUGUAUUGUUACUUAUUCAUCUAGUUUUCAAACGUUUAAUACAGUGGUGAAUAUAUUUCAUUUUUUAACUCCAUCUAUUAUUAAUUUGAUUUCGGGUUUGAUCAUUAUUAAAAUUACUAGUCGACAGCGACAAGUUGUUCGACCUCAUCAAAGCUAUCAAAAUGUGUUACAUCAACAAUUUCAAAUACACGUUCAUCUACUGAUUACUCCGAUUGUUUUCGUGAUGUUAGCUAUUCCACGUUUGAUUAUUUCUCUCAUAUCACGUUGUAUGAAAUCAAUUAAUGAUUCAUGGUUAUUUUUGAUUGGAUAUUUUAUUUCAUUUAUACCAUCUAUGCUUACUUUCGUUAUCUUUGUUCUACCAUCAAAAUCAUACAAACAAGACUUCAUGAAGACUUAUGAACGACAUAAAAAUGCAAUACAAGCACGAUUACAUCUUGUUUCAUAG